AUGAGCUCAAUUCCAGCCAAUAUCCUAGAUCCCGUAAUGCAAGCACUUUGGCCAACCAUGCCGGCUGCGAUUCAAGAGAAGUACCUGAUGCAGAUCCGUCAGCAACGCACGGCAGAAUGGCAAAGAAAUCAACCUGCCGGAGGACCACAGGGGAUGCCCUUCGAACACACUUCCACUGUAGAGUCAUCAGCCACAUCACACAACCAGAGAGGAGACAGUGGACCUACCCGCGGGAGGCAAGACAGGCAGCGACAUGUGGAAGACCAGACACAGCCACGCAAUAGGAAGAAAAAGAAAAGCAAAGAAAGGAGUCGACGCCGACGGCUCUCGCGCUCUAGAUCUCCAUCUCGCAGACGAACUCAGGACGAGACAGACAUACCUUCGAAUCCAGCUAACCAGGGGGCUAUUCCACCGGCAUUUGCCCCCCCGCCUGGAGAUGCUAUCAAUCCCGCACUUCUACAGCUUCUUCCAGGAAUUAACAUUGCGCAUAUAACCACCCUGCUUCAGCAAAAUGCUGCGGGGUUCAUCCCACCAGCAGUGCCAGGUGUCAGUCAGGCUCAGCUAGGGCAGAGCAUACACCAGGGACAUACCAUGAGUAUCACUGAUCCUGCUGCUACAUCCUUCGCACGUGGUUCUCACUCUGCCUCGCGAGGCGCCUCCGCCGUGGCUAAACGCAGCUUCCUUCGUCGCCAUCCUAAUCCUACGGAUGAGAACAUUGAAGACCACACUGCAAACAUCGUGAAUGAGCCAUGCGUAGACAUAACGAAGGGAAAGGUAUCCGACCUGACUGGAGAGCAACGCAAAGCUAGAACAUUUAUUCUGAAACUUACCUCGUCAUGCAUCCGCAAUGUCACUGGGGUUGGAGUCAAGGACAAGUGGCCCAUUCCAGUUGACGGUAUCCUGCCCGAGAGACAAAAUGAGCAAACAGGCGAAACAUACAUUAAUCCCGCAUUCCACAGAGAUGUUAAACAUACAGAUAAUCGGAGAUUGCUGGUACGAGUGCGCGACAUCAUCUACGCUGAACUCUCAGAUGAGAAGACACGCCCGGACUUUAUGAACAACACAACGAUGCGAAUUACGGCUGACACCGUGUAUGAGCUUGCGAAGGUAUCAUGGAAUGGGUACAAGGAGGCCUACCGUGGACAGGUCGAGGAUGGGAAGCGUGUGUUACUGCGACACAAUCAGCAAAAGACGAGGAGAAUGCAGCGCCGCAAGCAGAAGUCGAAGAAGCUUGCACUUGGCGUUACCAGUUACAUCCAACGCCAUGGCGUUGAUCCUACGGAAUUGAUUACCCAUGAGAUGAUGUCUGACGAGGCAUCUGGACCUGAUACAGAUGCAGGCGAGCUGAAAGAGGAUUGGAAGAGGCGACUGGCAGCAGAAGCCGGGAUGAGAGACUUGCCUGAUACCGUUCUUGACAAACUUGGCUUCUUCGAGAUAAUCAGGCCAAACUGGCGUUCUGUGGAGUACUCUGAUAUUCUACACAAGCUGUGGGAUUACUUCUGGGAGGACCUGCCUCCCAAGGACCGGCAGGAGUUCAAGCAACGGGUGCACUCGGAGAAUAGGUCUAGUGACGAUCCUCCUUCUAUUGCUCCAUUUGACUUUGGGAUCAAUCGCGACUGGUACGAGCAACACAAGGAUAAGUACCCACAUUCAAUCAUGCUGCAUGACUGGUUCUCGUUCGGCGACCCCAUCGGCUUCGGAACACGUGCAAACGAAACUCGGCAGGGAGUAGACGUCAGUCCUGAUGCUGAGGAAGAGCUGAUCCCUGGGUCGGAUGUACAUUCAAGCUCUUCACGUCGUUCUUCGUCGCACUCUCUAUCUCGAUCCAGGUCAUCGUCAUCUCGCAAUGACUCCGAGAUGAGCACUUAG